GGCGGGGGCACCAUCCCUGAAGAAUAUAAAAAUCUUGUCUAUAUCAGAUGCCUGGCUCCUGUAGAAGCCAUCCAGUUUUGUGCAAAGAAUGAGAACUUCAUUGUCUCUGCUUUCCCUGCUCUGAAGCUUCUGAGAAGAGAACUCAGCUUCCCACAUCUGCUGAAUCUCAAAACCCCCAGCUAAAAAAAGAGAGAGAGAAUUGGUUGCCUCUUAUAUGCACCUGGACCGGGGAUCAUACAUGCCCCCGACCAGGGAUCAAAUCCACAGCCUAGCUCUAGAGUUUCCUAUUUUGGAGAAGCAGAACUGGUUGAUACAUCUCCACUAUAUCCACAAGGAUUAUGAAGCAUGCAAGGCUGUUAUCAAAGAACAGCUUCGGGAGACCCAGGGGUUGUGUGAAUAUGCUCUCUAUGUCCAAGCAUUGAUAUUUCGCCUGGAAGGAAAUAUCCAGGACUCCCUAGAACUCUUUCAGACGUGUGCUGUUCUCAGCCCUCAGUGUGCUGAUAACCUCAAGCAGGUGGCCAGAUCUCUAUUUCUUUUGGGAAAACAUAAAGCUGCCACUGAAGUAUAUAACGAAGCAGCUAAACUUAACCAGAAAGAUUGGGAGAUCUGUCAUAACCUAGGAGUUUGCUACAUUUAUCUGAAACAGUUCAACAAGGCACGAGACCAGUUGCACCAUGCCCUACAUCUUAACAGGCAUGACCUGACUUACAUAAUGCUGGGGAAGAUUCACUUGCUGGAGGGAAACUUGGACAAAGCCGUCGAAAUUUACAAGAAAGCUGUGGAAUUCUCACCAGAAAAUACAGAACUUCUCACAACUUUAGGAUUACUGUACUUACAGCUUGGCAUUUACCAGAAGGCAUUUGAAUACCUUGGAAAUGCACUGACUUACGACCCUACCAACUACAAGGCCAUUUUGGCAGCAGGCAGCAUGAUGCAGACCCAUGGAGACUUUGAUGUUGCCCUCACCAAAUACAGAAUUGUAGCUUGUGCUGUUCCAGAAAGUCCUCCACUCUGGAAUAACAUUGGAAUGUGUUUCUUUGGCAAGAAGAAAUACGUAGCAGCUAUCAGCUGCCUGAAACGAGCCAACUACUUGGCACCCUUUGAUUGGAAGAUUCUCUAUAAUCUGGGCCUUGUGCACUUGACCAUGCAGCAGUAUGCAUCAGCUUUCCAUUUUCUCAGUGCAGCCAUCAACUUCCAGCCGAAGAUGGCGGAGCUCUACAUGCUCUUGGCUGUGGCUCUGACCAAUCUCGAAGAUACUGAGAAUGCCAAGAGAGUCUACGCAGAAGCAGUCCAUUUGGAUAAGUGUAACCCUUUAGUGAACCUCAAUUACGCUGUGCUGCUGUACAAUCAGGGCCAGAAGAGGGACGCCCUGGCCCAGUAUCAGGAGAUGGAGAAGAAAGUCAACCUACUCAAGGAGAGCAGCUCUCUGGAAUUUGACUCUGAGAUGGUGGAGGUGGCUCAGAAGUUGGGAGCUGCUCUCCAUGUUGGGGAGGCACUGGUCUGGACUAAACCAGCUAAAGAUCCCAAAUCACAGCACCGGACCACUUCAGCCAGCAAAGCUGCCUGUUUCCAGCAGCCCCUGGGCUCUAAUCAAGCUCUAGGACAGGCCAUGUCUUCAGCAGCUGCAUACAGGAAGCUCCCCUCAGAGAGAGGAGAAGGGAGGGAGAAAGAAGAGAGAAACAUCAACGUGUGAGAGAAACAUUAAU